GAGGAUCCCGUGACCGGACGAAGAUCGAGGUGGGACCCACCGGUGCUGGGGGCGGUCGAAUGGACGGGCUCGUUGGGUCCUGCCGGUGGGGCCCGAAGACUGGAACGGGCGGGUUAGUUCCGAGGACGUGAGGAGCGCGUCGCUUUCCCACCAAUCCUCGUUUGCUGUGGCGUUGCGUGUGUGGAAGGCGCCACUGUUUUAUUUCGAGAAAUACUCGACGGGGGGUCCGUGGGAGACUGACCCGUCCAGUGACGUGGCCACUUAAGUUCCUUGGAUCAUCUUCGGUCGUUGGUACCGAAAGCAGCGGUUGAGAUCUUCCUUUGAGCACCCUGCGGGGAGACGAUUCCUCGAGGGGCACGAAUCAGGGUAUUUCGGGUAAAUAGGGAAGAGGGUUCAGACUCGGGAUCCCGUCACCGGCUGGUGAGGAGGUAAUCGUAUCCCCGCCGAUAAAGGACGCCGCGGGUCCGGCUACCAGCCCUGCGAGCUCGGAGCGGCUCCUGCGCACGAGGAGGCUGGGAGGAUGUCGAGACCCCUCUGUUAGCUGACGGUGCAAGAUUGGGGCAGCUAUAAAAGGCCGGAGCAGCUGAGGGCGUUGCUGUUCCCGAGCGCGAGGGGGCGGAGGUACUCAAGGCGGGGGAACGAAAGGAAAGGAACCCGCUCAAAAGGAGCUCCAGAUCUCUCGGAUCGAAGUCGGGGAAGUCACAGUCCUCUGGGUAAGGAGGUUACAGAAGUAUCAAUGGAUGAAGAAAGUGAUUGUGUUAUCACACAUUCCCCCAAUGGUAAAAUUUAUCAAACUAGUCCUUGCAGACCUUCCACAGUUGUUGGGUCAUAUGAACCUACAGAUAGUCAGGAUGAUGCAAAUUCUCAUGAAGGGCAUGUAGUACCACGUGUUAGAAACUUGACUCUGGAUCAUGGCAUGACAGAAAAGUACAAGGACCAGAAAUCAUUGGAUCAAAAGUCAGCAACUGUACUAUCUGACCGUACUGUUUGUCCGACAUUUUCUGCUGCAAACAAAAAGCAUGGUUCUGGUGUAAAUUGUGCUUUUGUUUCUGAAGCUGCUGCUAAUGGAGACAAACAUCCUAAUGGAAAUAUACAAUCAACAAAUAACCAAAAGAAAGAUCAGAGUUACACGACACUCACACCUUGGAAGCCAUUGCAUCCUGAUACUGUCAUGCACCGAGAUGAGGAGGAUUACUGUUCUGUUGCUUCUUCUGUAGCAUCUGUGAAAAAUUCGAAAACUAGGAGAACAGUGGCAAUUGCUCCUACAUUCAGAUGCAGUGAGCGCGCAGAGAGGCGGAAGGAGUUCUAUUCAAAGUUAGAAGAGAAACACCAGGCUAUGGAGGCACAGAAACUCCAAUGUGAAGCUAGGACCAAGGAAGAGCAAGAGGCAGCUCUAAAGCAACUAAGGAAGAAUAUGACUUUUAGAGCGACGCCAAUGCCUAGCUUUUACCAUGAGGGACCACCACCCAAGGUUGAAUUAAAAAAGGUGCCCACAACUCGUGCUAAAUCACCCAAGCUUGGUCGAAGGAAGAGCUGUGGUGAUGCAAGUCAUCGGGCUGAAGGAGAUAACUGCAGCGGAGUAUGUGGUCGGCUUCAGCGUCACAGUUUGGGUGCCUACAAGGAUGCUACAAACAAGUUACAAAACAGUCCUAAGAACAGAAGUGCAACUACAACCAAGGAAGGGAACAAAUCCAUGAGGGAGAACUCGAAGCCCGAUGCCAGCAAGGUAGCAGCCCUGGAUACUACCGGCACCACCGUGCAAGGUCUGGCUGACACUGGUGUCACUGUGCAGCCCUGAUGUUUGCUUUUCCAUGCUUUGAUCUUAGUUUUUCCUUUACUCUCAAAAUUCACCUGAUAAUUUAUCUCGACAUCAAAAUGCCAAUUGUUGAAGAUUGGUAAUCAUGCAAGGAGUUUGUUGCUGUGGACUUCAUACGCAUGCUGUUGUAAAUUUUGUAUGUAAUGAUCCUGACAGUGGUGUAGUACUGCUAGAAUUACUGUUCUCCAUUGUCUAAUCCUUUUUGAGCAUCUUAAAUUUGAAGUGGAACGGUCCUAUGCUCUUUUUGACCAUCUUUAA